CCGUGUGAAUGUGUAUGUAUAUCGAUUCAUCAUCAAAAACUCACACCCAUACGAAUCUCAGUUGUACACCUGCUGUCAUCUGCUGUAUACCUCUCUACUGCUGCUGUCUUAUCUUCUAUAAAACCUUUGCUCACAGACUCUUCUCCACAAACCCUCUUUUUUCACAUAAUUCCUCAACGUCUUUAUUCCCCAGCAAGCUAAAACCCUAACUUCACUUUUACAGUCAAAUAGAGAUCUCAGCAACACUAGAUUCAUGGAGGAUCAAAGAGAGAAAAAUGGACAAUGGUUGUCAGUACCUCAAUUUGGUGACUGGGAUCAAAAAGGAGGAAUGCCAGAUUACUCAAUGGAUUUCACAAAAAUCAGAGAGAUGAGAAAACAGAACAAGAGAGAUCCUUCUAGGGCUAGUCUUGGUAAUGAAGAUGAACUCGUUAACCCUACUCAUCAACUCGACAACAAGAAACAAACCGAUAGACACCAACCUCUUCAUCACACUCCAACUAAAAGGAGGAGUCGUUUCUUGAGCUGCUUCAACUGUUGUAUAAAAGCGUAAAAAGAUCAUGGAGAUUAGAGAAUUUGGAUUUUCAUUUUGAUUGCUAUCUUUUCUUCAAGUUCUGAUUUUGCAGUAUAUUUAUUAACUCCAGAUAUCAGAUAUGUCUAUUAUUACCA